AGCAUAUAUUAUAGUACCAUUAAUAAACUAUCAAAACCCAGCUAAAACAUCCCUGUAAAAUUCCACCAACUUCUCAACCAUUACCUCUAACAAUAUACUAUUCAACUCAAUACAAAAGAUUCCACCAAAUUUUAUUUAGAAAUAUAAAAAUCAAAUCUUUUUUUAAAAAUGGGUUCUUUACUAUCCCUUAAUCAUCUUCAUAUUCAUGCUCAAUAACAUUUUUUUCAUUAGAUUUCUUGGUUUUCUUGGACUCAUUGGUAUUUCUUUACUGUUCUAUUCAAUCCUCAUGGAAGUACCACAUUCAAUGCAAGAAGUACAACUCCCUGAAGCAGAAACACAAGUUUAUUCAGUGUGGGCGCUUCCAUCAGAAGAAGUAACGGGUCGGGUCAAGAAAUUGAUGGGUGGGCUCAGAUCAGAGUUUGGUGGGCCCCAAUUUGAGCCUCACGUGACUGUCGUCGGAGCGAUUCGGUUAAAUGAGGUUGAGGCACGUGACAAGUUUAAAAAAGGAUGUCAAGAUGUUAACAAGUAUAGUGCUACUGUUAAAAAAGUUGAGACGGGCACUUUUUUUUACCAGUGUGUUUACCUUUUGCUGGACCCCACCACUGAGGUUGUGGAGGCUAGUGCACGCUGCUGCAGCACCUUUGGUUUCAACAGCUCAAGUCCGUAUAUGCCUCAUCUGAGCCUGCUUUAUGCCGAUUUGACCGAUGAAGAAAAGAAGAAAGCUCAAGAAAAAGCUUACACCCUUGACGAGAGCAUUGGCAGCCUGAGCUUCCAAAUAACUCGCCUUGCAUUGUACAAAACAGACACUGAAGACAAAAGCCUCAAAUCGUGGGAGAAGAUCGAAGAGUACAAUCUCAGCACUAACUAGUUUUAACAACACUGUUAACUCGAGUAAAUGUACUGGUUUUAACGACACUGUUAACUCGAGAAAAUGCUUACUUUAUCUUUACCUUAAUUUUGCAUUGCCUGUAAUUUUUGAGUAUUUUGGAUUUGCCAUACAUAAGAACUGUGCUGUUGUGGCCUC